AAAUAAUAAUCAAUUCCUGUACAUUGAAAUCUUGAAGAACAAUCAAUUAACUACUUGAAUUUAUCAGUCUAAAAGGGAGGACAGAAGAAAAAAGGCUCAAAAAUGAUGUUCAGGGACAAGAAGAGUCUCAUAAGAAUGGAGCAUUUAAUUUCACUAAAUCAGAGGGAUGAUCGGGAUGAUAUGCGGACAGCGGGACAGCGUUGGGUUAAGAGUUGGAACACAGGUUGACGCUAGCGCCGCACGACCUUGCGACGUUACCACGACCUACGUAACUUCACUUGCUGCCUUGCUGGCAGUGCUGCAGAAUUCAAGGGCUUGCAUUUGCACACACAAGGCUUGCUGUCUCUGAGUAUACUGCUGUUGUGAAAACAAGUGAUCCUUCAGCGUUAAAAUUUAAGUGACUGCAAGCUCUCCCGAGCACAUUUUAUACUUCAUUUGAAAAAGUAGCGUUUUUCUUUAAAAUUCCUAACCUUAUAUCCACGUAAUUACGUGGAUUUAGUGCGAAUAGACACAGCGUUUAUCAUUUGUCCGUCUAUUCAUGCGAGGAUGGAGUCUACAAAAAUUGAUUGGGGAAAAUACGUUGAGGACCAAGAGAAGCUGCUGACUACACAGCUAACGAAUCUGGAUGUUAAAUCGGAGGAAGAAAAGAAACCUGUACUCGCGGCUGCUGACGCGGAAAACAAACCAGCAACAGUUCAGGCCGAUGCGGACCAAGAUUCCAAUGCCGGGACGGACAAGGACAUCUCGGCUGCAGAGCAGUCGCUGUUACAGAAAAAGAUCAGGAAAGGCUUAAUCGAAACCAAGAACACGCCGGAAAUACAGAGGAAGAAUCCAAACUCACCACUGUACAGUGUCAAAAGCUUUGAGGCUCUCAAUCUAAAACCAGAGUUAUUAAAAGGAGUUUAUGGUAUGGGUUUCAAUACUCCUUCAAAAAUUCAAGAGACUGCCUUGCCAACAUUACUGGCUGAUCCACCUCAGAAUAUGAUUGCUCAGUCACAGUCUGGUACUGGAAAAACGGCAGCUUUUGUAUUAGCCAUGUUGAGUAGAGUUAAUGCAACAAAAAUGUAUCCACAAGUGCUGUGCCUGUCUCCAACGUAUGAAUUAGCCAUACAGACUGGGGAAGUUGCAGCAAAAAUGUCUAAAUUUUGUCCAGAAAUAAAAAUGAAAUACGCCGUGAAAGGAGAAGACCUGCCAAGAGGAACAAAACUCGAUGAUCACAUUAUCAUUGGAACUCCAGGGAAAGUUUUAGACUGGUCCAUCAAGUUCAAAUUUUUCGAUUUGAAAAAGAUCUCUGUAUUCGUCCUGGAUGAGGCUGAUGUGAUGAUUGAUACGCAAGGCCAUCAAGAUCAAUGCAUAAGAAUACACAAGCAACUGUCUCCCACAUGUCAAAUGCUGUUCUUUUCUGCUACUUAUGAGCCAGAAGUAAUGGAGUUUGCAGAGAUCAUUGUCAGCAACCCAAUCAUAAUACGAUUGCUGAAAGAAGAAGAGAGUUUGGACAAUAUCAAACAAUACUACGUCGAGUGUAGGGAUCUUGAUGGAAAGUAUCAAGCAAUCACCAACAUUUAUGGAGCCAUAAGCAUUGGACAAGCCAUCAUUUUCUGUCAUACAAGACAAACUGCCAACUGGUUGUCAGAAAAAAUGACAAAGGAUGGACACGCCGUGGCCAUACUCUCUGGCGAACAAACUGUCAAUGACAGGAUUGCCGUACUAGAUAGGUUCAGGGAAGGUUUAGAAAAAGUUUUGAUCACCACAAACGUUCUUGCUAGAGGCAUCGAUGUCGAACAAGUCACGAUUGUGAUAAACUUUGACUUGCCCAUGAAUCAACAUCGACAAGCUGAUUGCGAAACCUACUUGCACAGAAUAGGUAGAACGGGACGUUUUGGUAAGAGCGGCAUCGCGAUCAAUCUUAUUGAUACACCUCACUCGAUGAGAGUUUGCAAAAUCAUUGAACAACAUUUCAAGAAAAAAAUUGUCAAGUUGGAUUCAGAUGACACCGACGAGAUUGAAAAAAUUGGUGCUUAAGUGCCGGUCACUUCCAGACUAAAGAAUAACAGUGAUUUCUUAUAUUUAUAUUAAGGAUGAUAAGAUAUGUGUGUAAAAUGUAAAAGUUGGAGUUUGACAGAGCACUUUACCUUUUAAGAUACGAUUAAGUUUUGACUAAGGUAGCAAAG